UUCUCAAUUGAAGAUGACUGCUUAUCAGCUGUGGGAUCUAUGGUCUCCCUUUGAUGAAAGUUUCCAGUUUGUCGGAUACAGUGCGCCUGCUUCUGGGAAACUGGAUGGAGCGGAAGCGAUUCAGGUGGCCUCGCCGUCAGACCAGGAGGUGGCCCUCUACCUGCAAGACAACGUCAUAACCAAUGAUUGGAACCUCUUGGGCCUUCUCGCAGACGCGGGAAACAUCAGUCCUGAUAUGUUGUGUUACUCUUGUGAAAACGAGCAGAACGCCAACACGGUCGUGUAUAAACCCGAACCCGUCAAACUCAGCUCCGUGGAUUCGGUGUUUGGAUCACCCAUCACCACCGGUGCACCAAAACUGGCGCGGGGCUUCCAAACUUCUGAAGGAUCAGCCUUCACUGAGAUCGCCAAUGUUGGUUCCCAAACACCCACAGUAACCACACAAUAUAAAAUUAAUGUAAUUGUGAUGAUUUACAGGCAAUUCCUAAGGGUUGUCACCUUGAUUUAUACAGCCUAUCAGAAGUGCUUUUACGUCUUGCAGCAUCCAAUUUAAGGCUGGCUUCCCGAGCGUAUAUUAAGUUUAACAGCACAAUUGUUUUAAAUUUCCAAAGUUUCUCACUUCUGAUCCCAUCAGUUAGAGAAGAGAACACACUGGCAUUUCACCACAGCUGUAUCUUUCCUUAUAGGUAUGAGUUCAUGUGACAAUCUUUCUGACAAUAGGGUCUCCACACUAGACCUGCAGUGGGCAUGCAUGGUUUAAUACAAGUUCACUAUUAUUGCUGUUUUUGUUCAGGGAAAAACUUGGUUGCGGUGAUCAUACAAAAAAUAAAGAUUCUUGGCCUAAAACAAGCUCACAUGUUUCUUCUAGUCCCAUCUUUGCACAAGACAAACCCAACUGGCAUAAAAUUCAA